AUGGAUCGCAAAUUCCCCUUGUCGGUUACAUUGAUCUGCAUUAUCUUCUCCGGUGUCGGUGGCCAAUCUCCGGCCGCUGCUCCGACCAAUUCUCCUUCUAUGUCUCCUCAUAAACCUCAAUCCACACCUCCUGCCAUCUCCCCAGCUUCUCCGACGUCGCCGGGAUCCACUCCAAGGGAGACUCCGGCGAAGACUCCAGUGUCAUCUCCUCCCAUCUCCCCAGUUUCUCCGACGUCGCGGGAAUUCACUCCAACGGAGACUCCGGCGAAGACUCCAUUGUCAGCUCCUCCGCAAUCCUCCACUCCUGCGCCAGUGGCAUUGACUCCUUCUAUGUCUCCUCAUAAACCUCAAUCCACGGCUCCUGCCAUCUCCCCAGCUUCUCCGACGUCGCCGGAAUCCACUCCAACGGAGGCUCCGGCGAAGAUUCCAUUGUCAGCUCCUCCGCAAUCCUCCACUCCUGCGCCAGUGGCAUUGACUCCUUCUAUGUCUCCUCAUAAACCUCAAUCCACAGCUCCUGCCAUCUCCCCAGCUUCUCCGACAUCGCCGGAAUCCACUCCCACGGAGGCUCCGGCGAAGACUCCAGUGUCAGCUCCUCCGCAAUCCUCCGCUCCUGUGCCAGUGGCAUUGACUCCUUCUCCUACACCUGAGGCUUCUUUUACUCCUCCGAUCUCUCCGCCUGCUCCUUCACCGGAAACUGAUUCUCCUCCUCCGGCUCCUUCACCGGCUCCAGUGGUUGCGCCUUCAGCCGAUGUACCGGCUCCAGCGAAGACUCCAGUGCCAGCUCCUCCGCAAUCUUCCGCUCCUGCGCCAGUGACAUUGUCUCCUUCUCCUACACCUGAGGCUUCUUCUACUCCUCAGAUCUCUCCGCUUGCUCCUUCACCGGAAACUGAUUCUCCUCCUCCGGCUCCUUCACCGGCUCCGGUGGUUGCGCCUUCAGCCGAUGUACCGGCUCCAGCUCCGAGCAAACACAAGAAGAAGAAGAAGAAGCACAAUAACGCGCCGGCUCCAGCUCCGGAGCUUCCAAGUCCGACUGCACCUCCCGUGGAAGCUCCUGGACCCAGCGACGAUUUAGCUCCCGAUGCCGCCGAUGAUCAGGUAACAUUAGUUUCGUACGAUCAAACACUUUUUUAA